GCGGCUGCAGCGUCAGCAAGAACCUGAGGAAGUAAAGACGUCGACAUGGUGGAAAUCAUCCUAGACCCGAGCAUCCGCGAUUGGGUCGUGCUUCCUAUGAUCCUGCUCUUCGUGUGCUCGGCCAUGGCGCGGAACUACGUGUCCGUGUUGUUGAAGACCGAAGAAGUCGGCGCCCUCGAAGAAGUGCGGAAAAUCCAAGCGCUGCGACGGGCAGGCCAGUUGCGCAUGAACUGCCAGUACAUCCAGCCCAGUUCAUUUGCCAUGCGCAAGUUUUACUUCACGUCGUCGGAGAAGAAGGACGGCGUGCAGGGGUUGCUGCGUGAAAAGGUCAAGAAUGACGCUAUGAACCAAAUGAUGAACCCCGCUGGCAUGAUGAAGAUGAUGAAGGGCAACAUGACGUUCAUGGUGUCCAACUUUGUCAUGAUGGGGCUCGUCGGGUACUUUUUCGGCGGAUUCGUCUUGCUCAAGGUGCCCUUCUCUCUCAGCCAGCGCUUUAAAGCCAUGUUGCAGCGUGGAAUUGACAUGGCGACGUUGGACGUGUCGUACGUGUCGUCGUUGUCGCUGUACUUUCUCAUCAUGUUUGGCAUGAGUGGAUUCAUGUCUCUUCUUCUCGGAAAAGGAAACCUGAACGAAGAUGCCAAGGCGAUGCAAUUGCAAAUGGGCAUGGGGGCGGGCGCGGGGAUGGGCUUUGACGCUCCGCGCAUGUACAAGCAAGAGCGCGUGAGCUUGCGUCUCCACGUCCACGAGUUCGCGUUAGAACAUGCCGAAAAGAAGUUGCUCGGGGAUCCCAUUCCGGAAAAAGUCGAAGGCGUCGCCGCAAGUUCCGCUGCUACGACGACAACGUCGUCCGCUGGCACAUCGAGCGUCCCGCGUGCGAAACACGCCAAGCGUGCUCGAGCUUAAGAACUCGUGCACGUUUUAAAGUGAAAAUGAGGUGUUGCUUUGGAUAGUAGUAAAUACUUCAUAUCCUCGAGGGAUAUUGGUCUUUUCGUUUAAAUUACG